AUGGAUUCCGAUGCAUCGUGUUCGGAUUGCAAAAUAGAAUUUAUUGAGGGUAAAUGGACACAAAUACUUUUGAAUUGGAUCAAUAAAUGCACCGUCCAAGAGCCCAGAGUUGAACAACUAACACAAAAAUGUCUGCUAAGUAUUAUAGAUAAAUAUAAACAUGAUAUUUGCACGAACGAUCUCGAUAGAGCCAUUCUGUGUACAGAUGAUGUUGAGCCUUUCAUCAGAUAUAAAUACCCUAUACUGAGAUUAAGGUAUUUAACCGAAGCCAUGAAUCUGGAGAAAAAGUUGUACAUAAUGGCAUCGGUCUUACUUUACUACUGCUGCUGCAAUUCUAGGAGUGGCGACAUAGACCAUGACAUAUGCAAGAACUUAGCCAUUGACGAGCAGGGGACUAUAUUAAAGUUCUGCGAGAGACUCAGCGAUAUGGAAGUCACUAUUAAUAACGUUGAAACAGCUGUAAAUGAUGCACUACAAAAUUUAUUGAAGCAAGAAGAAAACAAACCAAUUCAAAUUGCUCGUAAUCAAAUAGAAAAGCCCAAUGUCACUCCCCUAUCGGCCCAGUACCAACCAUUAUCCAGCUCUGAAGAUAAUUCAAAUUCUGAUGAUUCAAAAGACGCUGCCGUUAAAUUUAUAUCUCCACUAACAGUUCUGCCGUCUGCAGUACCAGAUGCUUCAACUUUUUCUAACGUCACAGAAUCCGUACUUACUAAUGAUAGUGCCAUUGAUAAAGAUGCUUCAGAAAAAAAGGACAUCAGUGUAUUCAGAACUGAGAAAUUUGGGAAUUCCGACGAUGACUCUUGUGAAUCGAACAAUCGUUGUAAAACCGAAUGUGAUUGUGCGAGAUGCAGCAUCUCCGGCCCGUGCUGCGGUGAUCCCGGCCAAUCGACACUGAGCUGUGGCGAGCCUUGUUCGUGGAAAUGCCAAUUUAAGCACCUCAAAUUCUCUAGAAAAACAUAUGUAUAUGCUUUUGCGGGGUGUUUAGCAAUUGUAAUCUUGUUGGCGGCUGUUUUAAUUACGUUGGCCGUUUUAAAGAAAAAAGAACACAACAGAUAUGAUGCAAGAAGGCUCAUGGACGAUGAAGCAAGGAUAUUCCGACCAAACGCAUGGGAAUGUGUUGAAAAUUUAUGCCAGAAACUAAACCGGCCAACAUCUAAACGUAUUUAUGUUUCGCACAGUAGAUGCGUUCUGCAGUGCAUGGGACCACAGCUUUGGCCAUACCCGAUUGGCUAUACGUUGUUCAGUAAAAAAUUAGUGGCUAUGUCGAUUCUAAAAUUGGAAUACAAAUUUCAAUCGUUACCUUCAGAGAACGUGCAUCGGCAUUUAGCUGAAGCGUUUAAACUCUUCAUUGGAGAUUUAGCUCGAUUGGAAAAGAUAGGCAGAGAAAUGAAAAACGGCACAUGUGAUUUACCCGUCAAAAAGAUGAAUAUUAUUAUAGAUAUCGAAACAGAUCCCGAUCCAAGAUUGAGACUGAAUACUGACGAAGCGUACACUAUUAGUGUUAAUACCAAUUUUGAUUUUAUUACCAUACAUUUAAGUUCCUCGUCUUUCUGUGGAGUUAGACAUGGCUUGGAGACAUUGAACCAGGUGAUUUUACUAGAUCAACUGACCGGCUAUUUGAUAACUUUGUCGCAUAUUAUUGUAAAGGACGCGCCAAGUCAUAAAUAUAGAGGACUCAUGAUUGACACAGGAAGAAAUUAUAUACCGAUGCCAGAUUUAAUGAAAACUAUUGAUACAAUGGCCGCUUGCAAAUUAAAUACAUUUCACUGGAGGAUAUCCGAUGUAACGAGCUUUCCGUUGCUUUUACCCAAGCUAAAAGAAUUAUUUGAGUUCGGUGCUUAUGAUAGAGCUUUGGUUUAUACGAGAGCUGAUGUGAAAGCUUUAGUGACGAGGGCUAAAGUUAGGGGGAUUAGAGUAUUGAUUGAAGUGGCUGCACCGGGGCCGGUUGGACGACCUUGGUUUUGGCACAACGAAGCGACUUGCCCAGCCAAAAAUGCGAAUUACACGUGCGAUAACUUAUUGUGUCUUAGAUUGAAUAUGAGAGAGUCAAUUUUUGAUGUAUUACAAUUAAUAUACGCCGAAAUCAUUGCACUCACUGAAGUGGACGAUAUAUUCCAUUUAAGUGAUGGAGUAUUCACAAUGAUGAAUUGCUUUUCAUUGAUUGAGGAUAGAGAUGGGUUUUUAGAUAAAGCGCUGAAUAGGCUAAGAAUGGCCAAUAAAGGCUUCAUGCCGAAAUUACCCAUAGUCUGGUAUACGAAACAUCUGACCAGGACUCUUGAGGCGAAAACGUGGGAGCAUUUGGGAGUGCAGCUUUACCAGUGGAAUCCCGAUUCUGGAGAUUAUUUGGGAACGUUUCGCGUGAUUCAUUCAAACAAAUGGGAUCUGUCGUGCGAAAUGCGGAAACAGAGAUGUUAUAAAUACCGGACUUGGCAAGGAAUGUACUCGUGGACAUCUUGGCGAAACAUCGACGUGUUUACGAUAGAAGGUGGAGAAGCAGUUCUUUGGACCGAUUUUGUAGAUUCAGGAAAUCUUGAUUAUCACCUGUGGCCACGUGCUGCCGCAGUAGCCGAGAGACUGUGGUCAGAUAUCAUAGCGAACACUACACCAAAUCCUGAAGUCUACGUGAGAUUAGAUUACCAUAGAUGGCGUAUGCUACUUCGUGGUUUUAAAAUGCAGCCAAUUUGGCCGGUAUGGUGCACUCUGAAUCCUGGGACUUGUCUCAAGAAAUUACAAUAG